AUGAGCUCUAUCACCGGGGCUGCGUACUCGUCCCCGGAGUACACGCACUGCAUUCGCGAUUCGCGCUUUCGCCACAACGUCUACGAGCCUGAGGCGGACACAUUUCUCUUUCUCGAUGCUCUCGACAAGGAUGCCGAGCUUCUUCGCUCCAUUCGACCAGACCGCUGCGUGGAGGUGGGGUGCGGCUCCGGCGCCGUCAUCACACAUCUCCGGUGUCUACUAAUGCCGUCCGUCGCAGCAGCAGCCACACAGGAGCUUGAAGCAGAAACGCCUGAGCUCUGCUGUGGCGCGAGCGGCAUCCGAAGCGCUGUUGGCGGACCAAUGUUCUGUGCUGUGGAUGUGAACCCGCUGGCUCUCGAGGCCACCGCAAUCACCUGGACGGAAACCCUUCUCAAGUACUUUAGGGAGACGGUUUUGGCCGCCUUCUACGAGCGCAUAUUUCAGAGUGCCGUUCCAACCUCGCUCGCUGCCCCAGUGGUGCUCUCGGCCGAGGGGGUUUCGCCACCACUAACGCGUGUGGAUGCCGACGACCCGACAUCUUCUGCGCUGUCGGCUUCGACCUUCUGCCUUCAUCGCUUCCACGGCGAUCUCUUAAACGCGCUGCCUCGUGGGAACUCGGCGCCCGCGCUGUUCGAUGUUGUCCUCUUCAACCCCCCGUACGUCCCGACCUCGCUCAAGGAGUUGCAGGAUGCCAUAACCCAAAGGGACGUGAUCACCACAGCGUGGUGCGGCGGGCCGCGAGGACGCGUUGUGCUCGACCGGUUCCUGCGUCAGCUUCCUUCCGUUCUCUCGCGGCGCGGUGUGUGCUACGUGGUGCUUAUCAAGGAAAACAAUGCGACGGAUGUGGUGGCGUUUGCCCAGGCUGCGUUUCGCGAGCAUCUGCGUUGCAGCGGGACGGAGACUGUGAAGGAUGAGGACGACGUGCUUGAGGCCUCGGAGGUGGCGGCGCGCUACACGGGCGAGCAUUUAAGCGUGUACAGACUGCGCUACGUGCCCCGAUUUCAAACGCCAUGA